UCUGGUGACGACAAAGAAGAUGUGGAGUUGGUUUUCAGAUUUUUGUGGGAGCAAAGAGGAAGAAAAGAUGAAGAGAUUUCAGUGAAAGUAGCAGAUGGGACAUAUAGAUGCAGGAAUGUAUUUUUGUUUUGUUGAGACAAGGUUAAGAGGAAGAAUGGUACAGAAAGAGUACAGAGAGAAAAUGUAAGGAAAGGGAAACAUAUUUAAUUAGACAUAAAGACAAAGGAACAGAAGUUAAGAGAAAAUUACAUUUGUAUGAAAGAUGUAAAAAGAAACUUACACAAGAUUGAACAAGGGGGAAAUAUUAAGUAACCAAAACAAGAGUGAGGUGAAGAGUCUAGUGCAGCAGAAGCCAGAGAGAGCUGUAAAAAUAGAGAGAUAUUGUAUGUGGAUCCUAACAAAGCAGAAAGUGCGAGAGAGGCGGUUAAGGAGAAAAUUAGAGGGAAGAGAAAACCUGCAUGGGGCAGGCUGGAAGAGGGAGGCAGAGUUGUAAACACAGAAGUUGGAAAGGCAGCGAGGACAAAAGUAAAGAAUCGUUGCCACUUGAUGGAAAGCUGGAUAGCAGCGAGUGGAUGUGCUAUGGCAUGGAGAGGAAACUGAGCAAAGGAGAAAGAAAUAGAAGCAUGUCAUCACCUGCAUCAUGAGGGCUUCAAAGAUUGAGGCUAAGGAGGCUUGUGAUUGGCUUAGAGCUGCGGGAUUUCCACAGUACGCCCAGCUCUAUGAAGAUUCCCAGUUUCCAAUUGACAUUUCCUCAGUGAAAAAGGACCACGACUUUUUGGACCGGGAUCUGGUGGAGCCUCUAUGUCGACGUCUAAAUACUCUGAACAAGUGUGCAUCCAUGAAACUGGAUGUCAGCCACCCCAAGAAGAAAGGUGAUGACUCUGAUGAAGAUGACCCGUUGGCUAUCAGUAAAAGGUGGACCUUCGAGUGGAGCAGCCGACGUUGGUCUCGCCUGCAAGACUUCCUGUUGGACAGCACCAAUGAAAGCAGCCCGACAGGUCAAGGGGAGGGUCUGCUGCACAGCACAGUGAGCAUUGAGAGUGUGCUGACAGACCUGAGCGAGCAGGAGAUCACAGAAAUCUCCUCGCUGCACAGUGAGGACUCCGCCUCUGCCAUGCCUGAUUCUAUAUCUAUGGCAUCACUCUCUGCUUCCUACCAACCAGCCAGGGAUCUUCCACACUACAACUCCCUGCCAAUCAAGAGCAGCAGGCAUAGGCAAGGAGGGCGGAGUAAAGCCAAGGAGUUUUUACGUCGCAUGGAAGUAAUGCGCACGUGGGGGCCGUCCACCAUGCGGAAAAGCUCAAAUCACAGGCCACCACUGGUCAUCAGUGGGCCAGUGUUACAGGGGGAGGAGCCUCAUGCACUGCAGAUGCUCCAGUGUACACCCAUCAGCCAACUUGAACACAGCCCUAAACACAACCACCAAACUGAUGGUGACUCUUCCUCUGUCUCCCUUACCAAUGAUUGUAAACCACAGUCCACGGUGAGUGUGAGCCCCAGCAGCGAGACAGUGGCCUCCAGUGUGAAGGAGCCUGUGUGUACAAAACACCGUACUGCCAGCAAGAGAAGCAGCAUGUAUUUAGAGGAUAUGGAGCUGCCUUCUCAAGGUAAGAGGAGUGAAGGACAGAGCCAGUUUGGCAGAAACCAGUUUCACUCAUAUGAAAACCUCCUUGUUCACAUCCCCAAGGACCAUAAACCAGGCACCUUUCCAAAAGCUCUGUCCAUAGAGAGCCUGGCGCCUUCCCCUGGUGACAGGAACAAUGGCCCCCAGACACGAGCCCAAACCUUUCCACCCACCAAUGGUCUGGGUGAGCCCUGGUCUGGUAAACCUUUGUCCAAGCCCCCCUGUCCUGGAGCUCCACGGGGCAGCAGGGUGAGUGUUUACGACAACGUCCCGGGCUCCCACCUUUACGCCAGCACAGGAGACCUGCUGGACUUAGAGAAAGAGGACAAUUUGUUCCCUCACCUAGAUGACAUCAUUCAGCACGUCAGCGGUUUGCAGCAAAUAGUGGACCACUGGAGCCGCAGUGUGCUGCCUGAGGAUGAGACCGCGGAGGAAGGGGAGGGCAGGACCACGCCCAGUGAAGGUGAAAGAGAUGGGGUCUCCUUGAACGACACUGAUUCUACAGGAACCAGUCGGGAGAGGCGGGACUCUGGAGUCGGGGCCUCGCUGACAAGACCACGUCUACGAUGGCCCAGUUUCAGAACAUCGGAUCAUCUGAACCAGCCAGCAUCUUCACUGCAGAUCGGUAGCCAAUCAGCGGGCCAGCUCAGCCUGCUGCAGAAGUUCUCUUUGCUCCGCCUCACCGCCAUCAUGGAGAAAUACUCAAUGUCAAAUAAACAUGGCUGGACAUGGUCUGUGCCCAAGUUUAUGAAGCGCAUGAAGGUGCCAGACUACAAAGAGAAGAGUGUGUUUGGUGUUCCCCUCAUCAUCCAUGUCCAGCGCUGUGGUUUUCCGCUCCCACUGUGUUUACAACAGGCCCUCAGCCACCUCAGAACACACUGUCUGGACCAGGUGGGAUUGUUUCGCAAAUCUGGCGUGAAGUCUCGUAUUCAGGCUCUGAGGCAGCAGUGUGAGCUGUCCCCCGACUCUGUGAGCUACGAGGACCAGUCAGCUUACGACGUAGCCGACAUGGUCAAACAGUUCUUCAGAGACUUGCCAGAACCUCUGCUAACAAGCAAGCUGGGGGAAACCUUCCUGCAUAUUUACCAGUAUGUCCCAAAGGAGCAGAGGUUGCAGGCCGUCAGAGCGGCCAUUUUGCUGAUGCCAGAUGAAAACAGGGAGGUCCUCCAGACGUUGCUCUGCUUCCUGCGUGAUGUCACUUCCUUGGUGGAGGAGAACCAGAUGACACCGAUGAACCUGGCUGUUUGUCUGGGACCUUCGCUCUUCCACCUCAGCAUAUUGAAGAACGAAGCACUGUCACCAAGGUCAAUCCAGAGGAAGUACACCACAGGUCGUCCCGAUCAGAAAGACCUAAGUGAAAAUCUGGCAGCCACCCAGGGCCUGGCACACAUGAUCACUGAGUGCCAGCACCUCUUUCAGAUCCCAGAGGAGAUGGUGACCCAGUCACGUAACUCCUACAUGGAGGCUGAGCUGAUGGUGCCCCCACUGGAAGAGCUGUGCAAGGCUCACGGGGAGGAAGUGGAUGAGGACGAGGAAGAGGAGGAUGAGGAGGUAUCCUAUCAUGCACACCUAGAAAGGCUGGUUCAGAACCUGCUGGAAGAGGCCAAAGAUAAGAGCAAAGGCUGGGUGUCUCGCUCAACUACUGACCAUACAGAACUGGCAUUUAAAAAGGUGGGAGAUGGUAACCCUCUGAGGCGGUGGCGAGUGUGUGUUGAGGUGUCAGCAACUCCCAGUGAAGUGCUGCAGCGGCUGCUGAGAGAGCGCCCUCUGUGGCAGACUGAACUACAGCAGGAGAAGGUUCUGGAGACACUGGAUAAACAGACAGACGUGUACCAGUACUCCUGCGGCAACAUGGCACCUCAACCCAGCUGUGACUAUGUGGUACUAAGGUCAUGGCGUACAGACCUGUGUAAAGGCUCCUGUACGCUGGUGUGUGUGUCCAUCGAACAUGAUGACAGCCCACGCAUGGGAGCAGUGAGGGGGGUGGUGCUGGAGUCACAGUACCUCCUCGAACCUUGUGGGACUGGAAGGACCAGGCUCACUCAUAUCUCCAGAGUGGAUCUCAGGGGAAGAUCUCCAGAAUGGUACAACAAAGCAUUUGGUCACCUGUGUGUUAAUGAAGCCCAGAGGAUCCGCUCCUCUUUUCACCCGCCAGAUCAGACAACUACUGAGGCCAAAAUCUAAACCACAGAACUCAAGCUUUAUCUUGGGUCACACUGCCAGAGCAGCUGGGCCUGAGAACCAGUGACCCAAGAGAGGAAUCAUCCAGGCAGUGGACUUUAGUGUCUUUUCACGCUGCUGAGCCACACUGAGCUUUACUGUACCAUACUAUACUGAGUUACAGUCAUUUACACACAGAAAAGGAAUUUUUGUAUUACAGUAAUUAUAUUAAUUCUGCAGAACAACAUAUCACUACUUAUUUAUCUCAUACAUUAUGAUUUUCAUUGCCAUUUUUUGCCCCACGGAGCAAAUGUUAGUUUGCAAUUUCAAAUAUUAAAAUGGCUUAUUUAAUUUAUUUGAAUAGCGAUUGAUGUCUCAAAUAAUAAUAUAAUAUAAUAAUAAUAAUAAUUAUAAAACAGCCAGCACUAUAAGGUGUGAUCAUGACAUGGUUGCAGUCUCUAACACCUUAAUUUGAUCUAGCUAUUACUGAUUUCAUAGUAUGUAAAAAAUAUUUACAUCUUACGCCUGUAAUAGCCACAAUUCUUUAUUAAUCUGUCCAUCUAUAAACUAAGCUGUGAAAGUAUCACUUACAUAUGCACAUUUAUAAAAUGCUCUUGAUUAUGAUCAAGCCUUCCACAGAUAAAGAUGCAUAAAUCCCAGUGCUCUAAAAACUAAUCUGGAAUGACCAGGACCAGUACAAUAUGGCUACAUGUCGCAUUACAUUGUGAGUGAAGUGCACUAGUUCAGGAAAAGCAAGCACAUGAGGGAUCUGGAUCACAGAAAUGGGAAACAUUCAUCUGUUCCAUAAAUGUGCCGUUGUGGAUACAUUGUGUUGGAUAUCACUGUUGAUUUAGUUCUGUCACUAUUUUCAGUGUUAAUCUUAUCUAAAUGUUAUUUUAACGUUAUUAUUGCCAUUAUAUCAAUGUUUAUUGUAUCACCUUUUUGCCGUCAUGUUAUACAAUGUCUAAGACAUGUGACCAUUUCACUGCUUCUGGGAAGCAUGUUUGAAAUUGUGUGUGUGUGUGUGUGUGGGUGUGUGCAUGGAUGGAUGUGCCUGUGUAUCUGCUUUUUAGGUAUACGUACAGCCUUUAUUGUAAAUAAAUAUGACGCUUUCUGUGCCAGCAGAUCAAACAUCAUAGCUUUUCAGGGUCUUCCUAUCAUAUUGAUAUGCUGAAAUGUGAACCUUCUACACGCCAUCCUACUAAAGCAACAGCAGACUAACGCUUGCUCUGCCAUGGCACUGCCAGGGCUUUUUUUUUAUUUCAGCUGUAGGCGUUGCUAUGGUGUUGCUAUGAUACAAUAUCUCUACAGUGCCAUCAAAUCCUGCGUGAAUGCUGUCAGCUGGUGUGGCAUAUGUUGUGUGUAUGUGUAAAUAAGUGUGUAUGAGAGAAACAAAAUGACAAAGAUUGAGUGAGUGACAUUGACGUGAGCCCUCGGCUGUGUGGGGAGGGGCUCCAAACCUAUCUAAGUAGCUGAGACCGGGGGGAUUUAUGCUUGGUCAUUUCUGACUAAGUGACAGAAAAACAACAACCAUUGUUUCUAAACAAGAGAAUAAAAAAUUCAACACAA